GUCAAACACCUGUAGUGUGUUUCCGGACAGUGCGGGGAUCGAACCUGUGCGCUGCUGCUCCGGGUGACCUCUGACCUCCACCUCCACUCUGUGACGUGUGAUGAACAACUAUGAGGUCGUCCGUCAGAUCGGAGAGGGUGCGUUUGGAAAAGCCUUCCUGGCCCGGGAGAGGGGUGGAGACAGACAGUGUGUGGUCAAACAGAUCGACCUCCGGAAGAUGUCCCCCAGGGAGAAGGAAGCGUCCAGGAAAGAGGGGACGCUGCUGUCCGAGAUGAGACACCCCAACAUCGUGUCCUUCUGUGCCUCAUUUCAAGAGAGAGGAAGCCUGUACAUCGUUAUGGAGUAUUGUGACGGAGGAGAUCUGAUGAAGAAGAUCAACAUGCAGAGAGGAGUCAGCUUCACUGAGGAGCAGAUCAUCAGCUGGUUCACUCAGAUCUGUUUGGGCCUCAAACACAUUCACGACAGGAAGAUUCUCCACAGAGACGUGAAGACUCAGAACAUCUUUCUGUCCAACGGAGGGAUGAAAGCCAAGCUGGGCGACUUCGGAAUCGCAAGAAUGUUGAAUAACACCAUGGAGCUCGCCAGGACGUGUGUUGGGACGCCGUCCUACAUCUCACCAGAGAUCUGCGAGGGUCGGCCGUACAACAACAAGACGGAUAUCUGGUCUCUGGGCUGUGUCCUGUAUGAACUCUGCACCCUGAGGCAUCCAUUUGAGGGCAGCAGUUUGAAACAGCUGGUCAGUAAGAUCUGCAGGGGGCGCUACAGCCCAGUGCCCAGCCGCUACUCCUACGACCUCCGCCUGCUGGUCACCCAACUCUUCAAGGUGAACCCCAGAGACCGUCCCUCGGUCAGCUCUGUCCUCGCUCGUCCUUUCCUGGAGAAGCACAUCAGCAAACACCUGGAUCCACAGGUGAUGCAGGAGGAGUUCAGUCACUCGAUGCUCCAUCAGAACAGAGCAGCAGCAUCACGAGCAGCCAGAUCCAGAGCAGCAGAGAAGGUCCAGAGGCGGAGAGGAGCCGAGAGGCCGGGGGCCCGGGGCCCGGGGGGGCCGCCUGCCAGGCCGGACUGGAGGGUCCCACUCAGAGCCGAGACACCCGCCUACCACAGACCUCUUCAUCAAAGAGCAGCACACCCAGUAUCAGAGAGCGACAUCACAGAGCAGCACAACCAGAGGUUCAAGGAGCCUGUCGGUCACUACCAGCUGUACCACGCUCAGCUGGACGUCCUCCAGAGGAGGUGCGAGGAGGACGUCCUUCCUCCUGAGAGGGAGCAGCCGUGUGAAGACCACGCCCCUCGUCCUGUGGAGCCCUAUCAGCUUGUGGCAGCAGCUCGUCAUGAAUACCUGCAGAGGAGACUGGAGGCAAACCAGUACAAGCUGAGAGCAGAGAAGCAGCUGGGUCUGCGUCCGUGCACAGCCGAGCACAAAAGGAGGCCUGGAGGUCGGGAGCGGGACGUGGGACGACCCGAGCACCAACACACACCUCAGGACAGAAGACAGGAAGGACAACAGGAGUACCUGCGUCAGUUGGAUGUCAUCAGGCAGCAGUAUCACCAAGAGAUGAAACAGAUGAGACGAAGAGCUGAAGCUGAGUCUCAUUCAAAACAGAAACAAGGAACCUUCGUGGUGGAGAAAGCCAGAGAAGCUGGAGCAGCCGGCACAGAGCAGCAGGAAGCUGCUCUACAGGACAUGGAAGCAGCUCUGAGGCAAGUGAGAGACGAGACCAGCGCUCUGCAGGGACAUCCCAGAGACAAGAAGGGAAUCAUGUUUGAGAUUCGGUUAGAUGACGAGGAGAAAGAGGGCGUCGACCCACUGAACCAGACCCUGAGCUUCCAGGCGGGGGAGGAGUUGAAGCUCAAGGAUUGGUUGGAGAAAAGAAGGGGGUGGAGUUUGAGGACACCGCAGACUCUGCUGGACGCACUCGCCAACAUGGACGUCCACUCCGUCUACGAUACCGUCGCUGAGACUAACGAAGGUGAGGAGGCAGAGGGUCACAGACAGUGGGUACACGCCCCCCCCACCACGCUGCCGAACGCUCUCGGUCAGGCUGAACUUGCUUCGUCCACUCUGGACUCAGGGACCACAGAUCUAGAGCCAGAGGAUGAAGAAGAGAAGGAGAAGAGAGAGGACGAUACAGAAGAGAAGCAGGAGAAGGAGGAAGAGGAGGAGGACUCUGAUGUGGAGAUGGAUGAAGAGCGACUGGAGCCGAGGUCAGACGACGAAGACACGAACUUUGAGGAGUCGGAGGACGAACUGAGAGAAGCGGUGGCCGACUCCAUGAACAACCUGUUCGUCAUGGAGGACGGGAGCUCGGACGGGACAGACAGCUCAGAGACAGUGGGGGACGAUGGCGAGGACGGGUCUGCAGCGAGUGCAGCAGACCCUCAACAGGUGGUUUUGUCCGAGGCCAGAGAACCUGAGUCCCAGGAGAAGGAUCACACGUCUGUAGAUACACAGCCUCAGACAACCGGACUCGUCAAGCGGUUGUGAAAGAGGAUUUCACAUCCUGCUGAUCACCAGCGCUCAGCUGCUUCCUGCUGACACAUCAAUCUUUAAACAACUCAAAAUAUUUAGUUUCCAGUCAAAUGUUUCCUGAAGCAGCUCUGUGUGUGUGUGUGUGUGUGUGUGUGUGCGUGCGUGCGUGCGUGCGUGCGUGCGUGCGUGCGUGCGUGCGUGUGUGUGUGUGUGUGUGUGUGUGUGUGUGUGUGUGUGAUGAGCGAUCCAGAUCAAACAAGACAACCAUAAAACGCUUGGUGUGGUCAGACACUCAGCUCUGCCCUCUAGUGGAUGUAUUGCUUAACAACCAUGCUAAGGCAAAGCACACAUGGGAGUAGGUGAGCAGUGACGGCUUCAUGCUUUGAAAUGGACGCAGCACUUUUCAUACGUCCAGGCAGAAUAAACAAGUCUUCACAUUUUGGAAUAGGUUUGAAUAUAUUUUAAAUAUGAUGAGUCACAGUAAAU